ACUUUGUGUCACACAGCCAGCCAGCAGAAUGCCUGUCAAAGAUACCCCCAGCUUGAAGCAGAGGACACUGUUCUCCUUCUUAACACCUAAAAAUAACCCAACUCGCUCAGAUCCAUCUCCGUCUUCUGCCAAAAGCCAGUCCACGUCCUCAAGCACCAGGCGGGUUGGCCAAGUUGAGCCCGCGAAACAGACGAGUUCAAAGCAGUCCCCAAAUGCGAAAUCAACCAUACCUAGCGUGUCUUUUUCCAAUAGCAGUCCAUUCGAUGCGGACUCGCCUUUGACCGAGGCUACCGACACCGAUGGGCAUGACACGCUCAUGCUUGAUGCUGAUGAAACUGCCAGAACCACCCCAACACAGCCGAUCAAGCGCAAGCUCGUAGCUGAAGACUCUGAUGAUGACAUAGAUCCCGCCAUAUUUGCUAUUCCUCCUGCGAAAGCACCUGUGAAGUCAACACGGAGUGCGAGGCCACUACAAAAAAAAAGACGAUCCUCCCCUUCAUCCUCCAAAACAGCACAUGAGGAUGCAUUUGUUCCGUCGGAAUCGGAACCUGAAUCUGACUUCGUUGUGGAUGAAGGAGAGUACGAGGCGCCGAAGAGAUCGAAGGCCCGAGGCAUUCCGAAAGGCGUUAAGCAACCUAUGGCAAGCUCUUUGGGCCCAGAUUCUUCGUCAGGCGAAUUCAGCAGGGGUGGGGGGGGAAGCAAUCAGUUCCUCACCGCGGCUGAGUUGAGAGCCCAAACAUUCAGAGCACAGAAGAAGUCUCAAGAGGGUUACUUCGAGUUUUUAAAAGAUGUCCACGAUAAAACGGGUAAACGCCCUGGGGAAGACGGAUAUGAUCCUCGCACAAUUUUCAUCCCAAAGAACGCGUGGGCCAGUUUUACCCCAUUUGAGAAGCAGUUUUGGGAAAUAAAGCAAAAUCAUUACGAUACAGUGCUUAUGUUUCAAAAAGGCAAAUUCUACGAACUGUAUGAGCAGGACGCGGAGAUUGGUCAUCGGGAAUUUGACCUGAAACUCACCGAUCGCGUAAAGAUGAAGAUGGUUGGCGUACCUGAGUCUUCGUUCAACUUUUGGGCAGCGAAAUUUCUAGCCAAGGGCUACAAAGUUGGCCGCGUCGAUCAAGUGGAAACUCAGCUUGGUGCAGAGAUGAGGGUUGCAAAACAUGGUAAUUCUUCCGGGGGAUCCGGCAAGGAAAUCGUCAGACGAGAGUUGAACAAGGUUCUAACCAACGGGACUUUGGUCGAUCCAGAACUCAUGGUUGAUGACGAAGCGGGGCAUUGUGUCAGCAUCAAGGAGGGGAAGAACAACACCUUCGGCAUCUGCACUCUAGAUGCAGCGACUGGAGAAUUUAACUUGUGUUGCUUCGAGGAUGAUGCUUGCAAGACACGUCUCGAAACUGUAAUGCGUCAAUUGAGGCCAAAAGAGGUAGUGCACUGUACGGAUAAUCUGUCAAUUUCGACCAUUCGCUUGCUGAGGACUGUUGUACCGGGGUCUUGUCUGUGGACUGCACUGAAACCGUCUUUGGAGAGUUGGUCCUACGAGCGCACACUCGAUGAGCUUGUGAACCUCUACCCUGCCACGCAGAAUGAUUCAAGCAGUGUCAUUCAGGGGAGAGACUUAAGUGGACUACCACCUGCUAUACGUACUGUCGUCACAGAGGUGACGGCUGUUGAGGCUUUGGGUGGCAUGAUCUGGUAUUUGGGUCAGCUCAACGUGGGGAAGGAUCUUCUCACCAUGCGCAACUUCAACAUUUACGACCCCAUGCGUCGUGGCAUGGGUUUGGUCCUGGAUGGCCAGACUUUAGCGCAUAUCGAGGUCCUCGUCAACAGUGAAAGCACCGAUGAAGGGACGCUCUUAAACCUCCUCAAUCGUUGUGUGACCCCUUUUGGGAAGCGCUUGUUCCGUAUCUGGUUGUGCAUGCCCCUCCGUGAAGUCAAGGCAAUUAAUGCACGAUUAGAUGCGGUGGAUGAUCUAAUGAGCCGUCCAUCAUUUGAAGCGACUUUUGGAAAGCUCUCAAGAGGAUUGCCAGAUCUUGAACGAAUGGUGUCACGUGUUCAUGCAAGGACCUGCAAAACGAAGGACUUCGAGAAAUUGAUUGAAGCUUUUCGUCAGGUUCAAAGGGGCUUCUCUGAUCUAGCUGAAGAGGCGGAUGACUUCUCUUCUCGGAGUAUAGGAGAUCUUCUGAGCUCUGCGCCGGAUCUUUCCCCCCACCUAAGGCAUAUUCAAGGCAUGUACCAUGUAAAGGAUGAUCUCCUGUAUCCUGUUCAGGGAGCAGAUUCGGAUUACGAGCAAGUCCAGGCAGAGAUUGAUCGCUUGGAGGCAAGGCUUCAGGAAGAUCUUGAUAGCCUGAAGAAAAAACUCAACUUCAGCAAUUUGGUCUACUGGCACAGCCCUCUGGGUACAAAGGAGAUCUACCUAGUCGAGGCCCCUUCGUCCUUCAAAGGUAUACCCAAAGGCUGGACAAAAGGUGGUGGCACCAAGGCAGUGCACAGGUGGCAAGUGCCAGACCUCAUGAGUACUAUCCGAAAGCUUAAAGAAGCCCGGGAAACACUGAAAGAGGUCAUCAAGCAAUAUAAAUUGAAGCUGUUCAACGAGUUCGAUCAAGACAGGGAUAUCUGGCUCCGUGCUGUCAGAGUCGUCGCUGAACUGGAUUGCUUGUUCAGUCUUGCGAAAAGUUCACAAGCGUUGGGUGAACCUUCCUGUCGACCUCAAUUUGUUGAAUCGGAUAAUGCUUUCCUCGACUUUCAGCAACUCAGACAUCCUGCUUUUCUCACAGACAGACCCUUCAUUCCAAAUGAUGUCAAGCUUGGCGGUGACAAAGAGAAAAUCAUGUUGUUAACCGGGCCCAACAUGGGUGGCAAGUCCACAUUGAUGCGCAUGACAGCUGCAGGUGUGAUUAUGGCUCAACUUGGGAUGUACGUUCCCGCAGCAUUUGCGAAGUUGGCACCGGUCGACGCUAUUUUGACCCGUAUGGGUGCAUACGACAACAUGUUCACCAACGCGAGCACGUUCAAAGUAGAAUUAGAUGAAUGCUGUAAGAUCCUGAGGGACGCUACUCCGCGAUCCUUAGUCAUUCUCGACGAGUUGGGCAGAGGUACUUCCACCUUCGAUGGCAUGGCAAUCGCCGGAGCUGUUCUACAUCAUCUUGCCACCCAUACCCUUGCUUUAUCUUGCUUCGCAACCCAUUACUCCACGCUCACCGAGAAAAAGCAUCCAAACAUCAGGAAUAUGCACAUGGGAACUACUGUUGAUGAACAUGAGCGGCAGCUGGUUUUCUUGUACAAAUUGAUAGAUGGCGUGGCCACUUCUUCCUUCGGUACUCAUGUGGCUAGUCUGGCUGGGGUACCGACAGCCGUAGUCGAACGCGCGGAAGAGAUUUCGCGCGACUUUGCACAUGAAUUCGAAACGAAGAUGGCCAGGCGGCGUAUAUCGUCGGUACCAAUUGAUCUUCAGGCCGACUUUGCAUACCUCUUCAAGGUCGGUAACCGUUCAGUGAAGCUUGAUGAAGACGCGGUCCGAGCCCGUGGAAUCUUAACAAUCAUGGAACGGACCGCGGCAAUGUACCUUUGAUAGGUCACCAUUAUCUCACUCGCGUGCUCCGUGUCCAUACUUAUUUUUCUCUUUGGCAAAGACAAGCCAGAGCUGUACAUUCAUUUCGUCAUACAGAAAAUGAGUUCUGCUAAUUGAUUGUCAAUUCCACCAGAGCAUUGUCCUUCCUUAUUUGAUUACCACGAGGACGAUUUCCAUGAUCCCUUGCCGCUUUUCAGCCCAGUCCUAAUCUGGUCAUGGAUCUCACAGAGAAAAUCGGUGUAGGCCAUUCCGUCGUUGUUCUCGUCUUCGAAAAGCACAUUGCUGAACUCCAACUCGGCCGCAUCCAAGUUCUGCCGUGCGAUGAGCAAAGGCACUUGUCUACCUCGUCGAUAAGCCAGGAAUUCAAGUAGAUGCUUGACCUGUUGUGAUAGGAGCGUAGGCAACGAAGGUAGUGGAGUCUUCGAAACAUUCAGAAAAUCGUCAACGUCGAACAGAUCUCGCAUCACUACGUCAACUGCGGCCCCACCGACCCACAGGACAUUGAUUUCUCCAUCAUCUAUCAAGUACAACCCGCCAGACUCCAUCCAAAGAUAGCUCAGUCGCAUUGGGGCUGGCGGAUGAAUGCGACCAUCCGAUCCAGGCAUGAGCGCUGUAGAUUCCAGAUCAUGCAAUGCAUAUAGCUUAGGAUAUAUACUGUUGAUGAGCGAUGGUAUCGGCAUUGAAAGAAGCUGCCAGCGGCUGUGACACCGAACGUCCGAGAUAACGUUUAAACCCUUGAGGGCCUUGGAUUUAAUCAGACACAAUAUAAAUACUGGUAGCGUCUUCAGUGCCUCAGGAAGUAUGAGUUGUGUUGGUGCCGUUGCCGCAGAGCAGUUCACUCGAUAGGCGAAAAGGGCCAGGACGCAUUGCUCCACAAGGUUCUUUUUAAUCUCAGGUAAAUUCCUCCUACCGAUCUGCACGGCGCUCAAUUUCGAGAGUAAGCUCAGUCCUGCAGUCAAAUCGGCUCUCGCGAAUAUGUCUCCUAUCAAUGAUUUGACAUCCAUUGCUAAGUUUUGACAACGGACGCGACGUCGGCCAUCCCUCGUGGUGUACAAUGUCGCGCAUUGAAGAUACGCAGUGGAAUCAGGGGUAAGACCGCUGGUGUGUUUGAGCUCUGCUGCGAAGCAACUCGACCCAUGCAUAAUUGCGUAAGCAGGCGAAGUGGCAUCAGCAGAGUAGAAGGCUCCAUGACAUGCGGUGACUCGCAAUCCGUUCGUGCAUCGAACUUUGAUUGUGACAUCAUAACAAGUGAAACUUCGCAUGAUGUGCCUUAAUUCUGAAGCCAGGGCUGUACUGUCCCUACUUGGUUCAAAUCUUGGAUGGAAAAAGAUGCGACCACCAGUCGAUUCACAAAGUGUUCCUAUGCUUGCAAGGUCCAUCGGACUUUGUGAAGCAGCGAAUACAUCGACCGCGAGACCAGCUUGAGCGCAUUUUUCUGCUAAAUUCGGCCAGAAAAUGUCAUGUGGCCGAAAAAGUAUCUUUUCAUCUUUCGUUCCCACUAGCUGCGUUUCAUCACGUCUCAUACAUACCCCGGCACCUGUCGUAACCAAUCCGGCAGUAAAAAGUAUGAGAUGGCCACCGGUUCCUCCCAUUGCAGACAGGAUGGCGUUGACCACAGAUCCUGUGGCACAUAAAGACGAUGCAUGGUCCAGGGGUUGAUGAGCAAUCAUGUUUAGCGCGCAUUCGAUAUGAGUUCUAGACUUGUCUGGAUCUACAAACCAGUUCUGCUCUAAAGGCACAAAGGCAUCCUCCACGUCAGAGACAACCAAUAGUGUCGGUCCUUGCAGGGCUGGCUUUCUGAGAGAUGGAAGAACUGCAGAGUAUCGGAGUACGUCAAAAAAGCUACCUUGCAUCCCUCUCCACGCGGAAAGGCCGCCUUCGCUAAUGGGUCGCUCACAUUCCCAUAGAGCAUUUCACGCAGCGCGCAUAUAGCGGAUGCUAAGAAUCCGGAUCGAAUUGAAUCUGCUCCGGCAUCCAGAGCAAAAAUGUGACGAGCUGGUUCUGGAGCACGAAUUCGCGAGUUGACUGUAGGUCGCAGAAAAGUUGUUAGAUCGUUGAGAUCAACGCUCCUGUGCCGAGUGGAAGUUGGAGAUGUGGACUUGUCAAUUAGAUCAAGGGGAUGAUGCCGAGCAAAGUACUCGCUAGUUACGGCAAAGUCGACCGUGCCUCUCUGCAGUUCCAAGCGAUUUGCAUAGUCUUGGCGACGUUGAGCGGAAUCCAGGUGACUGAAAUAUGACGGAUGCGCUAUGCAAGAACUGAUCACCGAGAACUUCACUCCUUGAGUACUAGCUUACUGUCGGUUAAUGCUCUGCACAUAUUACACCUCCAUCGCUGACCACCGUCUACCCAUUCGACAAAUGGGUUUAUAUAUCCCUGACAAUGCCCACACCGCGGUGGACCAGCCUCUCCACAAUCAACAACAGGUACACCUUCUUCAUCAGGAUGCAAAGGUGCAAAUGGUUGGAUCACGGCUCCAAGGGGCCAUUCGCAGGCUGCAGCAAGAUCGGCGCUGUGCGGAACCGCGUAGGAAGUGAGUCUAAUGAAUCGCGGGGAAGCGUUGCCUUGGUCAAUAGCAACGUAGUCCGAAGUCGCGAGAGGCGGUUGCUCACUUGAGAGCGUAUAAAAUGGUCUGUUGGACCAGGUUCGCUGAUCAGUUUCCUGCACGACUGUUGGAGAUGGGAUGUUGUGGGGAUCAAUGGGAGACCGCAAUCCCCUGAAACGGCGGCCAGCACUAUGUGGUGGUGCCGAUAUAGGUGU